AUGGUCAGCUCCUGUUGUGGCUCUGUCUGCUCUGAGGAGGGCUGUGGCCAAGGCUGCUGCCAACCCAGCUGCUGUAGGCCCACCUGCUGCAGGCCCAUCUGCUGUGUGUCCAGCUGCUGCAGACCCAGCUGCUGCCUCCCCAGCUGCUGCCGCCCCAGCUGCUGCAGACCCAGCUGCUGCAUUUCUAGCUGCUGCAGGCCUUCCUGCUGCCGCCCCAGCUGCUGUGUGUCCAGCUGCUGCCGCCCCAGUUGCUGCAUUUCCAGCUGCUGCAGGCCUUCCUGCUGCCGCCCCUGUUGUUGCCGUCCCAGCUGCUGUGUGUCCAGCUGCUGCCGCCCCACCUGCUGUGUAUCCAGCUGCUGCAGACCCCAGUGCUGCAGACCCCAGUGCUGCAUCUCCCUCUGCUGCCGCCCCACUUGCUGCGUCAGCUCCUGUUGUGGCUCCCUCUGCUCUGAGGAGGAUUGUGGCCAAGGCUGCUGUCAGCCCAGCUGCUGCCGUCCCAGCUGCUGUGUGUCCAGCUGCUGCCGCCCCUGCUGCAGCCCCUGCUGCCAGCCCUGCUGCCGCCCCUGCUGCCAGCCCUGCUGCCGCCCCUGCUGCAGCCCCUGCUGCAGCCCCUGCUGCCAGCCCUGCUGCCGCCCCUGCUGCCGUCCCUGCUGCUGCCUGCGUCCAGUCUGCGGUCAGGUCUGCUGCCAGACCACUUGCUACCGCCCCACCUGUGUCAUCUCCACCUGCCCCCGCCCCAUGUGCUGUGCCACCCCUUGCUGCUGCUGA